AUGAACGCCUCCCGCGAGCCCCCCGGACCUCGCUACCAGGGCCGAUGCCCUCCAGACUAUUCAUACCAGGAGCAGUUUGGCGUACCAAGCUAUAGUCCUCCUGAAUAUCAACAGGAGAUUGACUACUUUGACCGACAUCCUGAGCAACGCCCCACUACGUCGUUGAAGCGUACGAACAGGGUGAGAAAGGCAAGGGCAAGAGAGUCGCGUUACGAGCUCUACUCACACAACACACCCCCCAAACACUACCAACGAGGGGAGUUGAACCGAAAUUUCACGUUUCCCAUGCAGCCACCCUCUGAGGGGCCCAAGAUAAAGGAAACUCCACGGCACCGAGUCGAGGCUCGAGUUGUGGAAAGACCCUUUUCUUGGAUAAACACCGAGGCGUCCACUCCUGAGGUGACGAGCUUACACGAGCUGGAAGACGAAGUGGUUGAGGUGCCGCAUAUGGACCCCAUGGCAGAGUCUCCCCCGGAGGAAGAUGGCAUGCCGUCACAGCAGAGGGAUCAAGUGGUACGAGCGGCCCUGUACAUCCCACAUCCAGCGAGCGCAGAAGUCGGAAGCCUCGCAAACCCGAAGAGCCCAUUAGCCGAAGUAGCAGCACGGCGAGCAAAAAUAGCUUGA